GAGCUUAUUUAAAGGGCUGCCUCUCUCUCACUGGGCGAUCGACACCGGCUCAGCAUCAUCAGCUUACCGCCUGCUGCUGCUGCUUCCAGGGAAUAAACUCUGAACAGUCUGAACAGUUUUCCUCAGAGGCGUCUGCUGAAGAAACACUCAUAAACUGAGGUCAGUCUGUGUUUCAAGUGCAGAAAUGUCUCUGCUGUCUGCCCUGCUGCCUCUGACAGGCCUUCUCCUCCUGAUCUCUUCAACGUUUGGGUCAGAAUCCAGCGUGCUGCACCCAGUGACCUGUGCAACCCGUGGAGCCGACCUGGCGGAGGACGGCGUGGUGGUUUUAUGUCCUAAAGACUGCACCCAGUGGAGGGUGUCAGUGUUUGGGACGGGAGUUUACGCCUCCGUCUCCUCGGUGUGUGGAGCUGCUGUGCACAGGGGGGUGCUGGGUCCGUCCGGAGGUCCCGUCAAGGUUCACAAACUGCACGGACGACACAACUACAUCAGCUCCUACGCCCACGGGAUCCAGUCCCAGGCCCUGUCCCAGUGGGGCGCCUCCUUCAGCCUCACCAAGCCUGUUGUUAAUCCAUUGGAGUUGACCAGUGAGACCAGUACCACAGCUCUGCCUGCAGCACAACCAGAAAAACCUGCAAAAAAACCACUGAAGAAGCCCAUAGUGAAGAAAGUUCCUGUAGGAGAAAAUAAAGACUGUCAGAUGGACAUCGCCAUGGUGAUUGACAGCAGCAACAACAUCGGGCGGCGAAGGUUCAGCCUGCAGAAGAACUUUGUCUCCAAACUGGUCGCUACGCUGAGAGUGGGACCAACAGGACCACACAUAGGCCUGAUACAGGCCAGUGAUUCUCCCAGGACAGAGUUCCUACUGACCAACUACACUCAGCCUAAAGACCUGCUGUUUGCCAUCAGGGAGCUGGCCUACGUGGGAGGAGACACCAACACAGGUAAAGCCAUCAUGCACACAGCAGAGACCUUCUUCGUCCAGGAGAGGGGGGGGAGGCGGGGACACCCCCGGGUGAUGGUGGUGCUGGUCGACGGGUGGCCGUCCGACGACCUGGAGCAGGCGGGUAAGUUCGCCCGAGACUCCGGCAUCAACGUCUUCCUGGUGUCUGUGGCCAAACCGGCGCCUGAUGAGCUCCCCAUGGUGCGAGACAAGGACUUCAUGAAGAAGGCGGUGUGUAAAGAUAACGGCUUCUUCAACUAUAUGAUCCCCAGCUGGUUCAGCACCACCAAACACAUCAAAACUCUCAGUCAGAGACUCUGUUCGCUGGACGGCCUGCUCUGCAGUAAAACCUGCUACAACUCAGUCAACAUCGGUUUCCUGAUUGACGGAUCGUCCAGCGUCGGGGAGGCAAACUUCCAGCUGGUCCUGGACUUCCUGGCUGGGAUCGCCAACGGCUUCGACAUCUCAGACGUGGGAGCUCACAUCGGUGCGGUGCAGUUCACCUACGACCAGAGGCUGGAGUUUGGCCUGUUUGACCACUCCAAGAAAGAGGACGCCCUCAACGCCGUGAAGAGGAUCCCCUACAUGAGCGGAGGAACGGCCACAGGAGCAGCCAUCUUGUACACCGCAGAGAAGCUGUUCAAGCGGGCGGGACCAGGCCGCAACUUCCUCGUCCUAGUGACAGACGGCCAGUCGUACGAUGAUGUAGGAAAUCCGGCGCUGAUCGUACAGAAACAAGGCAUCACCAUCUACUCCGUGGGCGUGGCCUGGGCCCCGAUGGAGGACCUCAAAGUGAUGGCAUCGGAGCCGAAGGACAGCCACACCUUCUUCACCAGAGAGUUCACCGGCCUCGCCGAUCUGGUCCCUCUGCUGGUCCGUGGCAUCUGCAGAGACUUCACUGAGAAAAACUAAGAACACACGCACACACACACACACACACACACACAUUUACACAUUUGUACUUCUGCACUUGUGAUGACAACAUUAACUCUAACCUCAUCAAACCCUUAAACAAAGUCUGACAAACGUCCUCACAAAGAUAGAAGUACACAUAUGUAUUUCUAUCUUUGUUAGGUCUAACAUACACUGCAGAGCCUGUAAACCUAAAACUGUAACUCUGAAAUAGCCGUUUCAAGAAUGUCCUCACUUUGCAUGUAGAAAAACAGGUCCUCACAAAUACACAAGAGAAAGGUCUUGUCCUUGUAUAUUUGUGAGGACCUUCACUGACAUACUUUGCCCAACACCUGAACCUAAAAGCAAAUGUUAAAGCUUUGAAGAAAUGAGAACCAGACCAAUGUCCCCAUUAUGUAAAAUGUCCUCACUAAGACAGAGGUACAGCAGCACACACAUGCACACACUGUAUAUAUGCUACACACAUAUACCCACUGAUACUGAUACGUACGUAUGAACACACAUGUACAUAAACAGGCUCACAACAUAGAAAGAUCCUCUUAUACACCAAAAAUAUUUUUUCUAUUUAAUGAAGGAGACAUUGGAAAAUCACCAAACACCAUCAUCAUCAUCACCAUCAUCAUCAUUAACAGCAGAAACCAGAAUCAUUCACUCCUCACUGUACAGUCCAAUGGAAGUGUGUUUUUAACAGAUCAAAAAUUACUAAAACUGUUAUUUAAUUAGUGGUUGCACAACCUGUAAUUAAAUCACUGAUAUCACAUUAACUAAAUUAAUGUCACUGAUUUUAAGUUAAGUUUAAAUAACAUUUUAGACAGAUCCUAACUAUAAAAUGAAACCAAGCUGAAUCCUUUAAUGAACCCGCAGAUUAAAUAAAUAAAGAAAUCCAUACCUUCUAAUUACAAAAUAAAUCAACUUUGUGAUUCUUUACUCACAAUUAUAAGGUACUUAAUUAAACUUUAACCAUGAAAAUCCCAUAAUUAUAAGAUUUGUAUCUCAUUAUGAUGAGAUCUGUGACUCUUAACUAUAAGAAAACUAUUUCAUGAUGAUGUGAUCUGGAUCUCAUAAUUACAAAAUAAAAACAACAUAUUUUAUACAUCGGUAUUCUUGAAAUUAUGACUUAUGUAUUUAAUAUGUAAUUAUGAGAUCUGCAUCUCAUGAUUCUGUGAUAAAAAAGGGUAAUUAUGAAAUAGUUUUCUAGUUAUUGUGACAUAUGUACGUCAAAAUUCAGAGGCAAAUAUUUCAUAAUUAUGAAAUCUGUGUCGUGUAACUGAAUAGUUUUCUUGUAAUUAUUAAUAUGGACCUUGUGUAUCUAACAUCAUCCAUGAUUACAACAUCUUUACAUCAUGACAUCUUUACCUUGGAAGUUAUAAUGACAACAUCUGAAUCUUAUAAUGAAGAGAUUUGUUAAUAAUUUAAAGUCAUUAUUAAGAAAAACAGCUCUGACAAAACAAAUUUUAAUUAAAGUUUCUUUAAACCAAGAUUGCAAAAUUUAUUCUGAUGAUCUAUGUGACUCUCAUAUAGACUUGUUUUUAACAUCAACACACUAUCUGAGUGAACAGUGAAGGAGUGAAUGAUUCAGACUCACAGGAUUAAACAGCUCUCAUGACUAACGCCUGAUGUUUAUCUUGAAAAGCUUAACGUGUUUGCUUAUCAGGGACGAAGGUUUUCGUCUCUUUGCUGGACGUUUUGAGAAAUCCUCUCGUUUGUGUCUUUGUCUGUCCUUCUUAUCUGACUCUGGAGAAGACGCAGAACGAGACGGAUUCCUUAAAACUUAUCCUUUAGUUUUUUAAUUGUAAUUUGUUUAUGUACACAGACUGAGCUAAAAAUCACUUUUAUUUCAGUGUUUUUCAGAUUGUUUCCUGAAUUAUCUUCAGACAAAAACAAUCCUCAGCUUUAAACUAGAGCAUGGAGGUAUAUUCCUGAACUCUGGAACAUUUAUCUGUCACAACACUCAAGGCUUACUCACUAGCUUUUCCCAGAGCUUUCAAGUGUUUGUGGCCUUCUUCAGCAGGUGCUAUCCCCUCACCUGAGUGAGGCAGUUUGGUCAUAUGAUCUAGUGAGUAAAACCUGAGUUAUGACAGAAGCUUUAACCUAAUCUGUAAUAAUAAAAACACACUGCCACUUCUUUAAUCUAUUUCUAUUUGUAUUUUAUAUCAUAAAAAACCAGAUGACUUUUUCAGAGUAACAUCUCUCCCUCUCUGGUCUAAGAUUUAAGCUCCAUCCCUGUCGAUGUUGUAAUUAUCCUGAUGUACAUUUGCCAAACCUGUAGAUUUCUGUAUUUUUCUUAAACUCUACUCUAUGAUCUUUUUUUUAAUUUUUAUUUUUUACAAGGACAGAGCCACAGCACGAUGUCAACAGAAACACAGACUGACGUUGAAAUACCAAUUUAAAUCUUCAGUCUGUUCAGUCAGUGCACAGAGGGAAUCAAUUUAUUUUUGUUAUAUAGACUUGAAUAAAAUGUGCCAAAUCUGUCCAUCACGAUGUUCCAUUUUUAUAUCCAAAUUAAUCAAAACAAAAAAUAAUAAAAUAUUCUUCUUAGACAUCUGCAGAGCUCUGUAUGUGUCAUGGAGGAAAAACAACAAAUUAAUGAUCAAUAAUCAGAAAUUAGUAAAUUUGUGUCCACAUAUUGAUAAAGCAUAGUGUUAAAUGCUGUUGUUGACAUUUGAACUUGUUUUAAGGGUUGCAGAAUCCAAAGUAUAUCUGUGUAUCUGUCCAAAAUCAAAUCUAUAACUGCAUUAAAUCCAAGCUGCUCAUUGAAAAGUGACAGCAACAGUUACGAAGUGCUUUUGUUAAAAAGAUGCGAUGGACAGUAUGAAAAUUACACAAUAAAUCAUAAAACCUAAUAAAAUAUCAGAUUUAACAAAGAAAAUCAUAUUGUUCAGUAGAUUCUGUAUAAAAUAAUUAAAGUCUGUUAAAAGCCACUUUAAAAAUGUGUGUUAUAGCUGAUGUUUAAAAGAAAAUACAGAUUUAAAUCAACAAACUAAUCAAUCUGCCACUUAUUAUUGCAGCAGUAGGAACUGAUCUGUCAGGUUGCUGUUUCUACUCUGAUCAGUUACAGAGGAACACAAUAAACAGUGACAGUCAGAUCUGAUCUAAAUGAGCCACUUCACUUACUGCAGCUUAUUUUUGAUUUUGGACAGAAACAUGUGGAUAAAUUUUAAAUUCAGUCUGAAAAAUGUUGUCUUGAACUGAUGUCCCUUAAACACGAGCUCUAAUGUCAGCUACUGUUUAAUGUUAUGUUCCUUUCAUUUGACUGAACAGUUAAUGAAUAAAUUCAGAUAAAUAUUUCUCCCUGACACAGCCAGGAUCCACAGAGAUUGGUCUAUAAACUGUUUUUUAAUUUUGGAAAAGAGCUUAAAUUAUGACCAUGUAAGUAAGUUUUCUGAAUGUGAGCCUGAACGAUACAGAAUAUUUAGUUAAAAAGGCUAAAAUGACCUUCAUGGUUCAUCUAAUCUGUGAUGUUUGCAGGAGAAAUCAGAUUCUUUGUCUCUGUGUAAAUGAAACCUCUGAUGGGAUUUUGGUGUUAAAUGACAAUUCUGUCCUUUUUCUGUAUUUAUUACCUGUUUUUCUUGUGUUUCCCAAUAAAAAAUAGUUAUUUUUA